AUGCCAGGGGGCCUGCAUCCACCGCUUUCGGUCAUGGAAUCAUGGCCUGCACGCAACACCAUCAACCCGGAAACCCAUGGGGCAGCGUCCAUUGUGCUCCCAGUUAUCUUCGGAUCCAUCGCAGUCAUAGCAGUCAUACUUCGACUAUGGGCUCGCUGUGUAAUUCAGCGACAGGGUAAACUAGACGACAUAUUCAUCGCAUUAGCACUAAUCCCAGCCAUAGGCCUCAACAUCAGCUUCCCCCUCGGAGCCUACAUCUACGGCGAAAACCACCACGUCUGGGACAACACACUCCCCCAACUCCUCCAAUCGCGCAAACUUGCCAUCGCACAAGAGCUCUUCUACAUCCUCUCCUCAUGCUUCACUAAGAUCUCUGUCCUUCUCUUCUACCGCCGCAUGGGCCACCGCACGACCAUCUCCCCUCGCUUCCUCAACAUAAUCUAUAUUAGCAUCGCCAGCGUAGCAGCCUACACGCUCGCCUUCUUCAUCGUAAUCUGGGUCGCCUGUCGUCCCUUCUCGGCCUACUGGAUGGAAGUCGACCCGGAGUAUACCGCCACGCACAAAUACACGUGCUACAACGAACCUGCUCAUCUCAUCGCCGCGACGUUUAUAAGUCUCGUGCAGGAUAUUGUGGCCACAACGCUACCCGCUGUGUUGUGUUGGGGAUUGCAGAUGAGAUUGAGGCAGAAGGUAUUGCUCAAUGGGGUGGUGUUUGGGUUGGGGUAUUUGGCUGCUGUUGUAGCUGGGAUCCUGUAG